AGAACCAGUCUGGUUCUGCGCAAGCGCAAGUAAGCGACCAGGAGGGGGCGUGAGAGAGUGAAGAGGAGUGUGGAAGCCCUGAUGCGCUGGCCAGCGCGAGCUGGGUCGCCAGCCUUGACGCCUGCGCCUUGGCCUUCGGGGCCCGCGCGCGGCGGGCGGGUGCCCGGUGCGCCUGCGCAGUAGGCGGCGGCGGCAGGGGGAGGUGGAGGCCGUGGAGCGGCAGCGGCAGCAGCGGGUCCCGGGACUGAGGCAGCAGCGGGGGCAGCGGCGGGCGGAAGCUGAGGUGACGAAGGCAGCGGCGGCGGCGGCGGUGGCGGCGGCGGCCGUUUCCCUCACGGUGGCGGAGACCAAGGCGGCGGCGGCGGACGGGGAGCGGCCCGGCCCCGGCCCCGGCCCCCUGCUCGUUGGCUGUGGCAGGGCCGCCGUGGGGCCGGCCCGGCUCCCGCCCCCCGCGGCUCCCCCUCCGGCUCCUCCUCCGGGGAGACGCCGGGGACCUGGCCCGGCCCGUACUCAGAGCGCUGCUGCAGCCGCCGCCGGGGGAGUCGGAGGCGGUGGCGGCGCCAUGGGCGGCCUGGCCUCUGGGGGGGAUGUGGAGCCGGGACUGCCGGUCGAGGUGCGCGGCUCCAACGGGGCCUUCUACAAGGGCUUUGUGAAGGAUGUCCAUGAAGACUCUGUCACCAUCUUCUUUGAAAACAACUGGCAGAGUGAGAGACAAAUUCCUUUCGGGGAUGUCCGGCUACCACCUCCAGCUGACUAUAAUAAGGAGAUCACAGAAGGGGAUGAAGUGGAGGUUUAUUCUCGAGCCAAUGAGCAAGAACCUUGUGGCUGGUGGCUGGCCCGGGUGCGGAUGAUGAAGGGAGAUUUCUGUGUCAUUGAAUAUGCUGCCUGUGAUGCCACUUACAAUGAGAUUGUCACCCUGGAACGGCUUCGGCCAGUUAAUCCCAAUCCCCUUGCAACCAAAGGCAGCUUCUUCAAGGUUACCAUGGCUGUGCCUGAGGAUCUGAGAGAGGCCUGCUCCAAUGAAAACGUCCAUAAAGAGUUCAAGAAAGCAUUGGGAGCAAACUGCAUCUUUCUCAACAUCACAAAUAGUGAGCUCUUCAUUCUGCUCCGGAGGCAUCUGAAGAGCUCCUUGCGGACACUUUUCCGUCAUGUUUUCCCCAAAGACAAGCAAGCCAGCUGUGUAGGCAGCCAUCGCAUGUGCAUGCGCUGCUCCGUGGAUCCCAAGAACCUGCGCUCAAGAGUUUCUUCCCGCUUCCGCCAUCGCCCAAGCUUCCUGCUCGGGCACCCAAACCACCUUGACUCGUGGAUACCAGACUCAAAAAAUGAGAAGGCUUCUGGGUGCUGCUGGAUGCCGCCUCAGUGUGGACGGGCUGGGGCUCCCAUGGAGGCUCCACGGGGACUGUGGAAGGAGGGGGUAGUGGGAGCUGGCGAGGCCCCUCCGGUCACAGCCUUAAAGUCCCGAGCCACCUUUUACUCCAGGCAAGAGACAUCUUCCAAGCUCCGCAGGAUGAGCAAGGUGGACGUGCUUCCAGGCCGCCUGCCCCAAGAGAGCAAGACGAAGACCCCAGACUAUGACCCAGCCCAGGCUCCAGCCCGGGCCCAGACCCGCCCCCCAGUUCAGCCCCCUGCACAUGCUCCUGCCAACGCCCAGACCUUCGCCUCAGCCCACCCCCCUGAGCACACCCCCCCCCCCACCCCAGGCCGAGACCUGCUCCCGAGGCCACGCCCAUGAGCACACUUCCGCCCAGGCCCAGGCCUUCUCCCCAGUGGACCCCACUGGGCACACUCCUGCCAAGGCCCAGAACUUUUCCUCAACCCACCCCUCUGAGCACGCCCCACCUCAGGCCCAGACUUGCUCCACGUUCCACC